GAUAACAACGUCACAGCCACUGUCGGUCAUGUGACACGCAUUUUUCGUUACGUCAAGCGCAUGUUUUGCGCACAUCACGUCCUGACCGCCAGAACGCAGUUAAGUGACUACAGAACGUCUGGACAAUGGCGCGACGUUUGAAGAUAGCAAAAGCUUAACUCAUUUCACUUCUCAGAUUUUAUUUACUACUUACUCAUAGUCAACACACGAGCUCUAGCCGUAUCUUAUGUUUAAUUAUUUUAAAAUGUAUUUGUAUAUAUGUUGAAAUUAGCGAGGGAUAAAACUUGAUUAAUUACAGUGUAUACUGUUUUAUACGUUUACAUUUUGUAUACACACACACACACAUUUGUUCUUGUUUACCUUUGAGAUCUAUUUAAUCGAGCAAUCCCGCGAUCAUAGUUUGUUCAACCUUUCAGCAUUCUUUCAUAGGAGGCCCAAACCAUCCAGUGUAUGAGUCAUCCAGAGAACACCUCUAUUUAAGGUUCUUUGCAUUUCAUCUUCUCCAGUGGCCUUGAGCACCUUAAUUGCUUGUAUGACUUCAACCUUUGUGAGUUUAGUCAUCACCCUUAGAUGCACUAUAUGUCCACAAGAAGAUUAUAUCAUCACUGGAUUUAGGAAAUUGAAAGAAAAGUCCAUUCAAUAACUACUUACUUAUGAUCGUUGUGCAACCAUGUUGUGAAAUAAGAGGAACAGAACACAUUGCAGGAUGUAAUCCAGAAUACUUUCAAUCCAAUAAGUUAGAUUAGUUUAUUAAUGCAAUCUCUAUUAUAUUAGAUUGUAGCCAUCCUGGGCACCACCCUGAAGUGUUUUAGUUGUACUGGUUUGGUGCUUAUUCAAUCAACUCCUUUUGCUGAACCACUUUGUUACAGUAUACCUAAAAUCCAGCUUCCUCCGAUGACAAAUGAAACCACGGCAAGUGUUUUAUCGUGGAGAAAGCUGUAUCUUGGUCGAGCUAAAUUGAAAGCCUCAAGUCGUACAUCAGCACUUUUAUCAGGAUUCGCAAUGGUUGCUAUGGUUGAAAUACAAUUUGAAGAAAAAUCACCAUUGCCAGACUGUCUUCUAGUUGCGUUUAGUGUCUGCACAACGUUACUUGUUGCUGUCCAUUUAAUAGCUCUGAUGAUCAGUACAUGCAUACUUCCUAAUAUUGAGGCUGUGAGUAACAUGAAUUCUUUCUCUGCUGUGAAAGAAUCCCCACAUGAAAAGAUGCGAUGGUAUAUAGAAAUGGCUUGGGGAUUCUCCACUGGUCUGGGAACUUUGCUGUUUCUUGUUGAAAUUGCAAUAUUGUCUUGGGUUAAGUUCUAUAAACCUAGCGUUAACGCGGCUAUGGCAUCCACAGCACUUGUCAUUCCAGUUUUGAUUCUAUUUAUUAUAUUUGGAAUUCACUUCUACAAGCGCUUGGUCGCUCACAAGUAUGAACACACUGAAAGAGAACUACAAGAAUUGAAAGAACUUGUCAUCAAGAUAGACCAAGACAUAUCUUUACCAAUCACUCCUGGUCGAGUAUCACCUUGAGAUUGUUAACUGCUUUAUUUUAUUUUUCUCUUUUGAUUACCUACCACCUACUAAAAUGUUCUGGAUGCUAUGGAUUGUAAAAUUCUACCAUAAAUGCAAUCUAUCUUUAAGAAGUGGUUAACCAUGCCAUUGUAAUAUGAAACUACAUUGUGAUAUACUCAUGAUGGUAUUUAUUUCUUCCACAAGCUUUUAUUGUUGUUAUUGUUAUUAUUACUAGUUUAUAUAUUUUUUGUUUAUUUUGUUUUUAUUAUUCAUAUUUUUAUAUAUUUAAAAAAAAUUUUUUUUAAAUUAUUUUAUCAUUAUCUUUUUAUGAGAUGAGAAAAGUGAUUUUGGUCUAGAAAUAUACUUUCUAAACUGCUUUCUGAAUUGUGUGUCUUUGUGAGAGAGAAAGAGAGAGAGAGAGAUACAGACAGACAGACAAACACAGAUAGACAUAGAAAGAGAGAGAGAGAGAGAGAGAAUUUAUAUACUUCAGAAAAUAGUUUAUAUUGUCUUGGAACUGUUAUGAUUUAUAUAUGUAUAUAUAUAUAUAUAU